AUGAUUUCAAAAAUAGUUCAUACAACUAGUUGUACAGUAAAGUGUCCUAUCGGUGGAAAAUCAAUGCUUCUAAAAAACUGGAAAGAUCAUUGUCGGCAAUUUCAUGCCAUGUCACAAACAGCGAUAGAUUGCAAAUAUUAUGAGUUGAAAAGAAAUAUAGAACAGUCAAAUUUAAGUACAGUAACAUUAGAUGCAACAAAAUAUUUACUUGAUGAGUGGUCUUAUAUGGGGCCUAAAAUGAAAGAAUUACUAUCGAAUACACGUAAAAUACCACUUCGAAUUUCUGAUUUGACAACACAUAGUAUUGAGUUUCGUCGUCUAAAACAACUAUUAAAUGAUCUAGAAGUGACAACAUCAUUGUGGACAAAUGCCAUAAAUCAAUGUCGUUAUGUUCUUCAACAUGCUCAACAACAAAUACAUCGUUCACAGAUUUAA